UUCUGGUCCGAAAGGGCGUGGGUUCAAAUCCCACUCUCAACAAAACAAUAUUUUCAUCCUCAAAUAUUUCGAAUUCGCGCCUUUUAUUUUUUUUAUUCUUGUAGAAUAAAUUGGUAGAGCACAGGAAAAGAAGCGUGCUAAACAAAACACCAAUGGCUCAAGCGGCGAGGCUCAACCUCCGAAUGCAGAAGGAGCUCAAGCUUCUCCUCUCCGACCCUCCUCCCGGCGCCUCCUUCCCUUGUCUUUCCCCCGACUCCGGCCUCUCUUCCUUCUCUUUGUCUGUCAUCGAUGCUCAAAUUAAAGGUCCCGAAGGAACUGUAUAUGAGAAGGGGGUCUUCAACAUUAAGAUCCAGAUACCCGAAAGAUACCCAUUUCAGCCUCCAGCUGUGACUUUUGCAACUCAGAUUUACCAUCCCAAUAUCGACAAUGGAGGCCGUAUUUGCCUUGACAUUCUUAAUCUUCCCCCAAAGGGGGCAUGGCAACCAUCUCUAAAUAUAUCAACUGUGCUUACAAGCAUUGGGCUGUUACUGAGUGAACCCAAUCCAGAUGAUGGCCUCAUGUGUGAAGUGAGUAAGGAGUACAAGUAUAACAGACAAGCUUUUGACCAGAAAGCUCGAUUAAUGACUGAGAAAUAUGCCCAUCCUGGUGCUAGUGGGAGCAUCGGAGGGAGUGGGUGUGUUCAGUCCAACUCAGAUUCAAGCGUGAUGGAAGUUGAGACAAAAGCGAAUGAGCCAAAACACGAAGGUAACAAGUAUGCCCUUAACCAUAAGGAAUGCGGGACUAGCAGGAAGCUAAUGCUGGAGUCUUCAAUCUCAUCUCAGGAAAGGGUUUGUAAUGGAGAAGCAAAUGACAAUGAGGCUUCUAACAAACACCUCUUUCUCAAAGACUCUAGGAACCAGAUGGAAGUUGAAGGAACUAAACAAGAGUUACAACAUAUGGCGAAGUUGAAUGGGAACAGGCGGAAGUUAUCGUUGGAGACUUUCACUCAACACCAGAAGAGAAAUGACAAUGAACAGGAGAAUGUGGUCCUAAAUCAACAUUCUUCAUGUACAUCUGGAGACUUUUCUGUGGCUUCUUUGAGGUCAUCAAUGCUGCAGGAUGCAGAUUGUAGCAGGGAAGGGCUUCAUCUUAUCCAGGAUAGUAAGUCAGUAGAUGAGAACAUAAACAUGAAAUCAAAGAAGCUACGUGGAUUAUCUCAGAAGCAGCCACUAAAAUCGUUGGAAAUUGUAGAUGUUACAAAGGAGAAAAUAUUUGCGAAACCUCAAGUAUCCUCCAAGACCAAUGUUAACUCAUUAGAUGAGGCUGCUUCAGUGACCCUUGCUCUAAAUCUCGAUAAACUACCUCCCCAAAAGGAUUUAGGGGAUAGAAUUGAAAAUGUGUCUUCUAAUAUGAGUCAUAAAAGGUUCUGUUCCGUUGGAAAGAAGCUUUCUCUGGGAUUAAGACGCUCAUCAGGGACACACAAGGAAAAUGUACAUCCAAUUCUAAAGAGACCAAGUAGUCCUACGGCUGUGUCUAUAUCUGCAGCAGUACUGCCAUUGAAGGACAAGCAAUGGGAAAGUGGACACGGAAACCAUGAGAAACAAGGGAGAGGCCAGAAUCUUUCACUUUGUUCUCUGUCUCAAUUGCAAGAAAGCAAUAACAAUCACAUCCAUGAGCAGAACAAUGAAUUGGACAAGAAUCAUUUUUCUGAUAAAGGUCAAAAUGGUAAGCAGCAGGAAGAGGAAGACUCACUGAUAUCUGAAGCAGUAAUUGUCAUGGAUAGUGAAGAUAGUGAGGAGGAAAAAAGUGUUACUUUAAAGUCUAAGCCAUUGCUAGCAAGAAAGAGACUAGGCAAGUGGAAACUUAGAGCCUGAAAAUUAUUGUUCUUCAACACUAAUGUCAAAUAAAUCAAAGAGAUAUCAUUUUGCCUUCAAAUAUCAGCAUUUGAUAGGGUCGUCAUCAGUUAGUGGAAUGAGCUUCACAAGCUGGAGCAUAUGUAAAUUGUAUGUUUCUGGCGAAAUGUGCCAUAAAACCAGUUGUGGUGCUGCAAAUUCUUGAUAAAUGAACAAAAGCUUAGGUGUA